AUGGCUCGUGCGAGCAUCGAGCUUCCUCUAAUGACGCAUAACGGCCGUCCUGAUACAUUACAAACAGCCCCCAAAGACAAUCGAGACAUCAAAAAAGCCGGCGCAGAUUGGAGAGAUGCAGAACUUCAACCCCCACAUACCGAGCCAGGCCCUGGUGCAGCGACGGAAACCAAGAUGGCGAGAGAAACAACGCCGUUGACCACUGAUGCUAUAUUCUCAGAUCGGGCACAGAAGAGCCAAACGAAUGGAAGAAAAUGGCGCCCAUUUUGGCUACAUUCCCGUAUCCUCUUGCUCUUUCUCGCUUUCUUCAUUGGUUGCAUGAUCGCUUUGCCGGUCCUGUUGUCGUACUCUUCCAUACACAAUGGUAUCGCAGAAGUGCGACAAGGUUUCGAAAAGCCAUGGAGAUUUAUCUCAAUUGCUGUGCUCACACUAGUUGCUAUAUUUUGGAACCGGGUUGAAUUACAGGUUUUGCGCUACGCUCCUUGGAUUUCGGUACAGCCUAACCAACCAGUCGAUCGUGCAAUGCUAGACCUGGAUUAUGUUUCGAUGAUGCCGCCCGUGGCACUUUUUCAGUCUUUGAAGAACAAGCAUUUCUUGGUAUUCACUGCUGUCCUUACAUCCAUCAUCUGUAAGGCUCAGAUCGUUCUGUCUCCCAGUUUGUUUUAUUCCGAAACUACGAGGUUCACGUAUCCUACUGAAAUCCAACUGUUGGAUACUUUCGACACUUCCUUCGAUGUACAGAAGGACAUACGAGAAGGGACCGGCAAUACUGCUGAGAAAACAGGUCCCUAUUAUAACUCACGAGCCGUCCGAAAGUUCGACCUAGAGCUUCCGUUCGGAGUCUCCCAAGACGCUGCCUAUCAAACUUUCAGCUCAGGAGCAGACGGAACAGACACACGAGGCACGACCCAGGCUCCUGUGACGACGACAGUUGAUGCGCUGUUUAUGGAUAUUGAAUGUCUCAAGCUAGAGAGCUACUCAGCUCGUCGAAAUCGCACGGAGGAGGGUAUCUUUUACGCCAACCUCGAGUUGAAAUUCGAACAAUGCGAGCAGCCUUUGUCAGUUUCGUCAUUGUUUUUCUACAUACAGAACCCCAACGCCACUACGCUUGUUCCGCCAAACUUCUGGGCCAUUGAAACAUUGAGUGAAAAACAUUGUUCAAUACUUCCGACACAAUUCUCGCCCUUCAUUUAUUACGGGGCGCUACCUAAGGGUAAUAUAACAGAAGAUACCUCGGCCAUUGAGAUGGAAGCAUUCGGGGCCCUCAUGUGCGCGCCCAAGUCGUGGAUAUCCCCGGUUCGAGUCACGGAUGACGGCGUCAGGCCCAUAAUGUCAUCGUGGGAGGGUGUCGAGCAAAGAACCCCUUUCAAUGUAAGUCUCUGGGACAUCAUACCGGGCUCAUUAUCGAACGAUAUGGGACAUUGGUUUCCCAACCAGGCCCGAGGCAGCAGCGGUGCUAUCGGGCCUGUCAACGUCGAGUCCCGCUUAUGGGGCAGGACUCCCGAGGCCAAUGACACCUCGCUUUAUCAAACCAGCGUCUUAUAUGAAGCAACCAGGAACAUGACCAAGUAUUUUGGGCCCAUGGCUGCCCAUUAUAGACUGAAGUUGGCCAGCGAUUCAGCCCACGCGUACGGUUCCACCAGUGUCGCAAGACUAAGGCUGAAGGCCAACCGCGGGGUGUGCAUUGCGAUGACAGUGCUAUUUUCCUUGUCUGCAACAGUCGCAUUGUGGUCAUUCAUUUCCCUGCGCAUGAGUUUGAAGCCUUGGCAUAGAGAUCCCGCAACAAUACUGGGAUCCAUGAUCUUCUUCGACAGGCAAAACGUUGACCAAGCCCCGUCGAUGGAAUCGUUGCUGGAUAAACCGGCAUCCACUGUCCCCGAACAGAGCGACUCAACUUAUACAAUGCUACCUCUUCGAACGUGGGUUCGCUCGAUGUAUCUUGUUUAUGUUAUGGGGCUUAUAAUUGCGCUUGCUAUUACUCUCCAUAUAUCGCAGGAAUCCAUCGGGUUGACAACAAUAGAGAAAGGGACAUCCCCUCUUUGGUGGGCGUCGCUCCCUGCACUCGCCAUGGCCAUUGUCAGUUUGUAUGCCACUUCUUGCGAUACAGCUGUGCGCGAUAUCGCUAUUCUAUCUAAACUAUCUUCAACGCCCUGCAACGCCAUGGAGAUUGACAUGUCAUUGUUGGAUAUGCUGGGCUUCACGGCCCUCUACUACUCGCUUCGGCUCAAACUAUAUACUGUCACUGUCACACAACUUAUUGCCAUUGUCUGUGGAGUGCUGGUAUCUCUGUCGGGAAUUCUCUACAGUUCGCAGCAUUCCCCGAAUAGCACUGCCACCAUUUUCAAACAAACUAGCUGGUUUGGCUAUCGAACGCCACUAGUUGAUCCUGUCGAGACAUAUAUGGACCUUCAGCCCAACGAAUAUGAGGUCACCCGGAACGAUUUGAGCAGCCUGGUGCUCGCUCAGAACACUUCCACGAUCAAGUACCCUCAAUGGACCUAUCGUGAUCUCGUAUUCCCUUCCUUUGCGAUGGAUGAAGCGGUUCCAGCUUGGGAUAGCGGCACGUCCGUCAGGGUAAAUAUGCCAGCCGCUAGGUUGACACCCGAUUGCAUCCGUUUAAACAGUACAGCGGUUGAGAAAACCAUGACAUGUCCAAACGGAACAGAGGUUUCGUAUAAUCUGACAAGUCUCUCCUGGAGUACUGGAUAUUAUGCAUCCAUGGUGUCUGGUGAGCGAACACCAGGCGUCAUUCGGCUGGCCUGCGACCUCGAAGCGGAAGAGUUGGAUGAUCGUACUUGGACUUACCUAGAUCAGACUUACUCUUGGGGAAGGAACUCCAAAUCAGGUGCCAACCAUUCCGCCGAGUGGAGUUGUAACUAUACCUGGGCUGAGGUGCCUACUGACGUUACAUUUCGCUGGGUAGAUGGAAAGGCCCAAAUUGACUAUGACAACCCUCCAACUCCGGCCUACGACCAGAGCAAGCCAUAUGAUCCUCCAUUUAGCAUUCCCAUCUUCUCGCAGGCUUACACGGCUGUCUAUGGCGCUGUAUUUCCACAAUUCAACCUACCAAAUUCAGACGCAUUACAAGUUGGAUACGAAUUCGCCUACCUAGUAGAGCCCUUCGGGUCCAUCAAGCUAGAAGAUCUAGCUGACCCGAACCAAGAGGAAAAGAUUCUUGAAGCCCUACACUUCAGCCGAGCGCAGAUAGCAGCUCAGCUAGCGAACCUGGAGCACCGACUGGGUCUCAACGAGACUUCAGGAGCCCAGCCUGCGCAACAUGGGCAGCUGCCUUUUAUCGAUGGGAUUGUUACAGAGGGCAACAGGUAUCGGCUGAUCCAGAGUUUCGAAAUAACCAUGGCCCUCAUAGUUUUGCUGUCAAUCUUCUUUGUCGUCAAUCUAUGGGCACUAAUAUCUGCGGCGUUGAUGUAUUUCCUAGCCAGCAAGUUCCCUCUCCUCCUUGAUCUGGAGCUGAAGGGCAAAGGACACCAUGGUUUAAACAGUAUCAGGAUGACUGAUUCUCUCCUUUCCGAGUCGAAUUACUCUGAUUAUCUCCCCAAAAAUGCAGCCUUAUUGUCGCUGAGGGAAUUGUAUCAUCAGCUAGCAGGAGUUUCGUUUAGGAUGGGCCGGUUUUGGAGAAAGGAUACGAAGACGGCUGUAUAUACGGUUGGUGUAUUGGACAACAGUAACCUACAGCCAUUGGAUAAUUGA